AUGACCAGCGAUUCGUUCGGCCAUGCGCACUCGCACUCGCGAUCCUCUCACAACCGGCAACGAGCCUCAAGUCGACUUGCUCCUUUCCCUCUGCCUCGAAUCCCUUCCGACUCGGUAGUGAGCGACCACACAUCCGAUGCAAUCCAGGACAAGAUACAUGGCCAGCAUGCCAACAACGACGAGCUGUUUCAGGCCAAUGCUGUGAGCGCCACUCCCAGCCUUGACACGGCUGGCGACCUUCUACACAAGAGUAUGAACCAGUUUGAUACGGCGUAUUCGCCACCUGCGAUAGCAUACGAGACGCCUGUGCCGCAAGAUGCCACGCGCCCAACACUGGUGCUCCUCGACUUGACUGCGAGAUGGCCUCUCAUUCACGGCAUCGUUACCGAUCCAGAGUCAAGGCGCAUUUUCUACUUUAUGCUGCUCAACUUGGCUUUUAUGGUCGUCCAAUCAACCUAUGGCUACCUGACAGGCUCAUUAGGCUUGAUCAGCGACAGCAUCCACAUGUUCUUCGAUUGCGUAGCUUUGUUCGUUGGUCUGUGUGCUGCUGUCAUGAGCAAGUGGCCACCAAGUCUGAAGUUUCCAUAUGGCUACGGAAAGAUCGACACCCUUGCUGGUCUUGGAAAUGGUGUAUUCCUCAUGCUCAUCAGCGUUGAGAUUGUCUACGAAGCGAUCGAGCGUCUUUUCAGCGGUGCUGAUGUUGCUCGCACGACCGAGUUACUCAUCGUCAGCACCCUCGGCUUAAUCGUGAACUGUGUCGGUAUCAUGGCCUUCCACGGUCAUCAUGGCCACGACCACGGGGAUGGACAUGGACACGAACAUGAACAUGAACAUGGACAUGGACAUGGACAUGGACAUGGACAUGGACACUCCCACUCCGAUUCUCACUCUAAACAUGACCAUGACCAUGCGCACUCUCACGACCAUUGCCAUACGCACGAUCAUCAUGACCAUAAACACGAUCAUCACCACGACUCCAAGGUCAAGAACGCUUUGCCAUCUGCUUCAGCGUCACCAACGAAAGGCAACAAAGCGGCUUCUGGUGCUCACUCCCACGGCGAGAACAUGCAAGGCAUCUACUUGCAUAUCUUGGCUGAUGCUCUUGGCUCCGUGUCCGUUGUGGUUUCUACCCUGCUGAUUCAGUUUACUGGGUGGUCAGGAUGGGAUCCCAUUGCGUCCUUCAUGAUUGCAGUUCUCAUUUUCGCCAGCACAGUCCCACUGGUCAGUUCAACUACUAAAAUCCUGUUACUGAGCCUGAAUAGUGAUAUCGAAUAUAAUCUUCGAGACAUUCUGGCUGGCGUAAGCAACAUUCGUGGAGUCGUGGGGUACAGUGUGCCCAAGUUUUGGUUGGAAGAUAUAAAAAAGGAGCCAGGCCAUCACGGCCACUCUCAUGGCCAUGACCACCAUCACGGUCAUGGACACACUCAUGGACAUCAGCGGAAAACGUCGGAUGGCCAUAGUCACGAGCACGGGACGGGCGAUGAAGAUCCCACUGUGUUAGGAGUUAUGCAUGUCAUUGCUGGUUCAACGGCAGAUCUGAACGAUGUGGAGAGCCGCGUAGGCGCCUACCUCCGUGCCCGAAAAAUGGAUGUUGUGGUGCAAGUUGAGCGAGAGGGCGAGAGUAGGUGUUGGUGUGGCGGUGGGAAGGCCUCUUGA